GAAGGCCACUUUAUCGCCUUUUUCAUGUUGCACGCUAUCAUUUCGAGAUCAAGACGCUGCCACUGUCAGGAGAAUAAAAAUACUCUCUCCCUCCCGCACAGCCUCACAUAGACAAAGAGGAGAGAGAUCGAGACAGGGGCCACAGCGACAGCAGUAGACACACAGAGAGAAGGGUGCUGGCGGUGGUAGGCUGAGCUGAGCUGAGCUUGCUAGUAGUACUACUAAUGGCCCCCUAGACUCGAGCCGAGAGCUCCCAGCACAAGGAGGCGUACCGCGCGGGGAGGAAGAAGAAGCUGGAUUGGUGGUAUGAAGUGUUGUUGUUUGGUUAGAUGAGAGGAAUGCCCUUUGCGGGAGAGAGCCACGCGGGGAUACAGCUGCUGCUGCUGCAACAACAACAACAGGGGGUUCUCGCCGGCGGCGGGAAGGUAAGCAGCGGCGGCGCCCUCUGGGAGCCGACGUCUGUGCUGGACCUCCGGCACAGCCCAAGCCCGAGCCCGCCCGUAUCUUCGGCUUCCACGCUGUCGUCGUCCGAAGUGGCUGCCCUCGCCGGCGGCGACGCCAAGAACGUCUCCCCGACGCCGCAGCAGGCAUGGCCUGGCGGCGGCGGCGGGGAGGACGCCGCGGGGGUUAAGGAGGAGUGGGCGCACCAGCUCGCGCCGCUCGACAACAUGGGCCUCGCCCCCUGCGACGACUGGGACGACGCCGCCGCCGCGCCGCCCUCCGGCCCCGACAGCUCGUUCCUCCGCUGGAUCAUUGCCGGCGGCGAGGACGGUGGCGUCCUCAUGGAUCCGCCCGUCCUGGAGCUCGACCACGCCACGUCCAUGAUGUCCUCGCCCGCCGCUGCGGCGUUCGGGCCGCCCAACCUGUCGUCGUCCUUCGCGCCGGCCAUGGAGGACACGAAGCCGCAGCAGCCUUUCGGCCACGGCCCUGGUUUCCUUCUUCACCACCCCCAGCCACACGCGGCCUUCUUCGGCUCGCACCCGUCCUUCGACUCGCCGCCAGCGGCCACGAAGCGGCACCACCCGAUGGCCGCCGCGCCGCCGCCGAAGCUGCCUCCUUACCCAUCCCACCACCUCGCCCCGGCGAGCGGCGGCGGGGGGUUCGUCCUGAAGCAGCCCAAGGCGGCAGCGGCGUCUCAGGACGAGGCGGCGGCCAUGGCCGCGGUGGAACAGCUAGCCGAGGCGGCCAAGCUGGCCGAGGCCGGCGACGCCCACGGCGCACGCGAGAUAUUGGCGCGGCUCAAUUAUCGGCUCCCCGCCGCCCCAGCGGCCGGGAAUACGCCACCCCUCCUCCGAUCCGCCUUCUACUUCAAGGAGGCGCUGCGCCUCGCGCUCUCCACCACCCCCGCCGGCGGCGAGGCGUACUACUCCCCCACGCCACCGGCGUCCACGCCCUACGACGUGGUGCUCAAGCUCGGCGCCUACAAGGCCUUCUCCGAGGCCUCCCCCGUGUUGCCGUUCGCGCACCUCACCUGCGUCCAGGCCGUGCUGGACGAGCUCGGCGACAGGGGGUGCGUCCACGUGCUCGACUUCGACAUCGGCAUGGGCGAGCAGUGGGCGUCGCUGAUGCAGGAGCUCGCUUCUUCGUCACAGCGUCGCACGUCGGCAGCCGCGGCGCUGAAGGUCACCGCAUUGGUCUCGCCAGCGACGCACCACCCGCUCGAGCUGCAGCUCAUCCACGAGAACCUCUCCAGCUUCGCCGCCGACCUCGGCGUGCUCUUCCAGUUCUCCGCCUUCAACGUCGAAACCCUCGACCCGGCCGACCUCGUCUCCAUCGUCGCCGGCGCCGGAGACGAAGCCCUCGCCGUCCACCUCCCUGUCGGUGCGGCCCACGCGGCAUCCACGCCGGCCGUCCUCCGCCUCGUGAAGCGCCUCGGCGCCAAGGUCGUGGUCGCGGUGGACCGCGGCGGCGACCGCGCGGAGCUGCCCUUCGCGGCGCACCUGUUCCAGGCGUUCCAGUCGGCCGUCUUCCUCCUGGAGUCCAUCGACGCCGUGCUCGGAAGCGCGGACCCGGACACGGCUGGGAGGGUCGAGCGGUUCCUGGUCCAGCCGGCCGUGGAGCAGUGCGUGGUGGCGCGGCACCGCGACAGGGCCUCGCCGGGGAUGAUGCCGUGGCGGGCGGUGUUCGCGGCGGCCGGGUUCGCGCCGGCGCAGGCGAGCUCGUUCGCGGAGUCGCAGGCGGAGUCGCUGCUGCACAAGGUGCCCGUGCGCGGGUUCCGCGUCGAGAGGCGCGCCCCGGGCUCGCUGUGCCUCUACUGGCAGCGCGCCGAGCUCGUAUCCGUCUCGGCGUGGCGGUGCUGAUCGACGACCUCGAUCGCCGCCGGUGGCGUCCUUGCGCCGGAGUGAAAGAAGAAGAAGAUCAACACUUUUAGUUAGGACUAAUGAUCCUACCACGAGUAAUCCAAUCCGUCCAUACCCUACAAGUUACCCCCAGAGUCGUUGUUUCGUCGUUGUAAUGUGAUCCGAAUCGACCGUGUGAUCCGAUCGCCUCGCUUGUUGUUGUUAAGUGUCCUAAAUUGGAAGUAGUAUAUACUACGUUAAUCGAGUCGCCGCUGGCUGGUUGCUGCUCGAUCUGCUCAAACAACCGUACGUCGUGUCGGUCGAUGAGUAGAGGAUUGGCUUCUCAGCUGCAUUCUACUCUACGACUACCUUGUGUACUUACUGCUCUGUUGCUGUGAAAUCAAUGGCUAAUGCGUUUUGAAA